UCGGUCGAUGGUUCGCCAUCCAAUGCUAAAUGAGCAAAAAACAACGGCACUGCACUGCAACCACCGACAGUGUAACUCACGCAGAGAGACCUGCAGACAGAGCACAGGGCGCAAGCUGUUGUUAGGCAGCUGCGUGUGCGCCGUGCCCCUCUCUCUCUGUUGCUCACGUGGGCUUUUGUAUUUGACGAGUGUGGCCUGUCUGCGCCACUGCUGCAGGUCAUGCAGCAGGUGGAUCUGGCGGCUCUCCUGCAUGGCAUGGAGGAACGGACGGACGGACGCACACAACACGCCACAAACACUAUGUGCGGCAUCGGUUCAUCUGUCCAUUCUCCACCUGUUGGUCGUUCUUGACCCGCAGCGACGUGGUGUGUCUCGCCACCACCGCCCUCUCCCUGCGCACCGCAUCCCUCUCACCCUACACACACACACACACAGACACACACGGACACACAGAUGGAGAACACACACACGAUUCAACACGUCUCCCCGCCUGCGUGACGCUAUGUGUGUCUCCUUCAGUGACCUCCGUUUUGAGUACGCGGAGUUUCAGGUCGUUGAGCUGCGUGGUGAGCAAUACAACGUCCCUCUCAACCUGCAGACACGCAGAUCAUGCAGAAGCGACGAGCCAACCGCCGUGUCUCUGCCUGCCUGCCUGCUGUAUGUGGUGUGUGAGGCGGAUGGCACUUGACCUACUACUUACUUGUUGUGUGCGUCUGUCUAGGUCCUGGUUUGCCAGUCGUUGCUGGGUCAUCUUGACGCUCAUGGUCUCCUGCUCACGCUGCAGGGCGGCACGCUCGACCUCAAGGUGCAACGUCUUGCUCUCCAAUUCCUGAUGUCAUCACCACAAGUAUCCACAACAUGGGAUAGUCGGCCCAUGUUGACGCCCAUGUUGACACGACAGACACGUGCGGCGUGCUCUUCUCUUUGUUCUUGCCUUGAGGGUAUGUUGUGUGUUGACGAGCUGGUUGGUUUUGCGUGCCCGCCAGAGGUCCUUGUGGCGGACCGCCUGCUGCAAACUACGAUACGACACCUGAUGCUGUAUGUAUGGACACAACAACAAACCAAUCGAUGCAUACUUUUGACGGAUGGUCUUACCAUCUCCAGCUGGCGUUUCAAGGCCCUCUUCUCCUCCUCUUUCGCCGCUAUCUCCCGCAGCAGCACCUCAUGCUGCUGCAGCAUCUCCUGAACUGUGUCCACAGACAGCCUCACACUCGACUGGCUGCUACGGCCAACCGGCAGAGCGCUCGACGACCGAACACCAGCACCACCACCACCGCCACCAGCUCCAGCACCACCACCAGCGCUGGCAACAGGACGGCUCGGCGCAACACGCGACGUCUCCACCUGCCCAUCCCGAGCAGUGUGCAGCGUCACAUCUCCCCUCACAGCCGCCUGCACUGCCAUAUGUCCAUCUGAGCCACGAGCCUUUCGGCGCAGCUCCACACGCCGCCUGGCCGCAUCCUCGCCCUCGCCACGAGCAGACGCCCUGCCGGUUUCUGGAUGGUCCCUCAGCCGUCCGUUGGCAUGCUCACGGCCGCGGGCCUUGAACGCAGCCGUGCCCUCGGCGGCUUUGCUAUGUGCUCGCGAGAAGGGGCCGCGCGCGAAGAUCAGCGCCGCUUGGGAUGAGGGAGAGAGAGAUCUGUGGCGAUGGGGGUGAGGCCUGCGCUGCGAUGGCUGAUCCAUGGCGAUUUCGCGAGGAGGUGAGGAGAAGCAGCUUCCC